GCGGGAGCCCCCCCCCCACCCCGAGCCCCCCCCGAGCCCCGACGAACGCCGCACACGCCGCCGCCCCGUACACGGAUAGCGCCCGCCUCUCUCUCUCUCUGCCUUCGCUUCGCUAGCAGCCAACCGGCUGCCUGUUUCUAGGUGGAAUACCUCUGUUUCUCGUCCCUCAGCCCCUGUCUAUCAACUUGACACGUGCAGAGAAUCCUUCAAUCGGAAGCUCCGUAAAUUCGUUAUAUUGAGCCUGAUUUUCAUUGGCCUCGCCCGCCACCAAUCGGGCACAGGCCCGUCGCCGACUGUCCCUGACCACACGCCAACUGGCCUGCUGCCCUGACUGGCCAAUUCGUGUCCAGCCCCCAGUCAAGGCCAGACCGAGUGGCGCCGUUGCUUCCGCGGGUGGGGGUUUUGGGGGACAAUUCCCCCAUAACCGCUCACCCCCCGCCCCCCCAUAACCGCUCACCUCCCCUUCACCUCGUGUAACCUCGGCCACUUUGGCUCACCGCGGCAUGACAGCACUCGUGUGCGCCGUUACACUCCACCCCCCUCAAAACAGCCCCCCCACUCCACAGGGGGUUGUCCAGACCUGACGAGGCAGGAUAGUCACGCAUAUGACACGUAGCACCCAUCAAUCACUUCCCCCCCCCCCCCCCCCCCCCGGUGAACUUCCCGGCAACGGGAAAAAGCGUCGGAGCCUCCGUAGGAAUAGCCGCCGGAAUGUCGCCCUCUUCCACCUCUGUUUAAUUGACUCCUUUGCUCGCGCGACUUCAGCGAGAGGACCAAGGGAGUCAUCCCUGCCGCCACGGAAGCCUCCAAUCAAGUUUUCCAUCUCUGUUUCCAUCUCUCGCGCGUCCGCAGCCCAUCAGGCCUCCUGCCCAGCGGUCGACAUUUUGUGCGGGAAACUCGUUUUUGUUUUGUAUCAACGUGGGAGAUCGCGGAUUUCGGAUCCACUCAUCCACACCGUUACAAUGACACGUGCACGCGGUGCCGAUUGCCGGACCGGUGCGGCAUUCUGGAGCGGUUUUCCGGCGGUCGCCGGUUUGCGCCGGAUCGGCCUGGGACCGCCGGACAAUGUUGGAAGCCGGAUAAUCACGCGCAAGCUGCAAGCGGAGCGUCUGGCCCAGGACGAGGAGGAGCGGCAGCUGUCGGAGCGCCUCAUCGCCCAGCUGCUGGAGGAGGAGCAGCAGCAGGCGGCGGCGGCACGGGCGCAGCAGGAGGCCAUAGACGGCGAGCUGGCUCGCAAGCUCAGCCUCGCCAAGGAGGAAGAGCCGGUGCAGAUGUCAUCGUGGUCCUCGAUUAAUCAGAAGUCGCGUCCGGCGAGCCGGAGUCCACGCACCCCGGCCCAGGAAUCCAAAUCCGUCUCCAAGGGCAUAGAGAGGUUCCUCUCUCCCGUCCGAACGCGACCAACGUCUCCAUCGCCGUGCAACUGCGGAAUCGGAGCGUCGCUGCAGCCUUGCACCAGCGGCACCACCAGCGCCGCCGCUGACAGCGGCGCGGGGAGGAGGGAGGACGACAUUCGCCACCACCAGCUUCACCAGCAGCUCCCCCAUGGUAGCACUCGCAGCAGCAAUAACAGCAGGGAGGGUAGCGCUCGGCAGCAGCAGAACCUACUGUGCAGCAGCGGCAGCAACAGCAGGAGCAGCAGCAGCAGUGAGGGCGGCGCUCGGCAGCAGCAGCCGCAGCAGCAGCAGCAGGAUCUUCUGUGUAGCAACAACAAAAGCAGCAGCAGCAACAACAACAACAGCAGCAUCAGCAGAGAGUGCCGUAUACAGCAGCAACAGCUCCUCCCGCACCGCAGCAACAGCAGCAACAGCAGCGGCGGCAGCAGCAGCAGCAGCAGCGGGGGCGACAGCAUCACGCAGGAGCUGAACCACUUCAAGCCCAUCGUGAGCUGCCCCCGCACGCCGCCCAAGCAGCUCCCGGACGGGCGCGUCCUCUCCCCCGCCCUCGUCAAAGCGACGCCCAUCAAGCCCGCCGCCGCCGCCGCCACCGUAACCGCCUCGUCGUCCGCCUCCUCCUCUUCGUCGUCCUCCUCCUCCUCGUUGUCCUCGCUGCGAGUGGAGGCGCCGGCUGUGGAGCUGGUCGCGAGCGCGGGGCGGGCAAAGGGGCGGAGGCCGUGCCGGGCGCUGGCGGAGGGAGCCUGGACGUCGUCGCGACGAGCGGACGACGACGGAGGUGGCGGAGGAGGCGGUGGAGGUGACGGUUGUUACGAGGAGCAGGUCCUGCGGUCCAGGUGGCGUCGCAUUGCCGAGGAGCGGGAGACGGUUGCCCGCGGCGAUGACGGCAACGACGACGGUCGCCGCGGCGACAGCAACCACAACGAUAACACCGGCGAGGAUGCAGACGAUGUUGAUGUCGUUGACGAUGGCGACGUUGCCGCCGCGGAUGUUGGGGAAGACCUCGAGCUGGAGCUGCCGCCCUCGCUUUUCCGCUGGCCCACGGCGCCGAGCGGAUCCUCCGCGACUAAUAACGACGAUGGCGGAGGAAGAGGCGAGCGGGGAGGAUCUGGAAACUGCGUGACGACGCGCGAUGCCCCGGGAGCCAAGCGGCACCUCCCCCCCUCCUCCUCAUCGCCGUCGGCAAGAAAGACGAACGGUGGCGGCGGUCGCCCAGCAAACGAUAGCCGCAAAGGCGAUGAGGACGACUACGAAGACGACAACGUCUUUCUGAUCAAGCAGGCGCCGGCGGGAAAGCGGGCCCGCCAAUUGGACUCGGCGGUGCCCCCCGCCACCUUCACGGCGACCGCGGCUCCCGGCUCGCCCUCUUCGGCCCGGCGGGAGGAGUCGGCGGCGGCGGCAAACGUCGACGACUACGACGCCGACGUCCGCCACGGUGCCAUCGCCUGGGCGAGGCGGCAGGGCCGGGAGGACGAGGAGCGUCUGGCGAGCCAGGAGGAGGAGGACCGGCGCCUCGCUCUGCGCCUGCAGAGGCGGCUCGACUUGGAGGCCAAUAUGGUCGACCGCAGCGCCGGCUCGGCCUACGCGUACGGCCUCCGGCGCCGACGCUCCUGCCUCGCGGGGGCGGCGGGGGCGGCGGCGGCUUCCGGCGGCGGACGAGGUCGGAGGUCGGGCGGCAGGCCGAGGAGACGUCGGCCGGCGGAGGCCGCCGGAGAUGCGCGGGGGGCGAAGGGCAGCGCCGGCAGGAAGAGGGCGGCAGCGGCACCGUCGGCGUCGGCCGGGAAGGGCGGCGGAGGCCAGGGAAAGGUGGAGGGUGAGGGCAGCGGUGAGGGCAAGCGUCGGGACGGCAUGUUGCAGGUGAAGAUCAGCAGACUUUUCCAGAGGUGCCUGCCCAAGUCGAACGCGUCCUGCUGAGGAUUGGCCGUGGAGGUUUGUCUGUCGAUGUGGAAUCUCGGCGGUCGGCCGUUUUUUUUUUAAUCAUCGAUUUGUCGGUUUCAGAAUAAUCACCUUGGUGAGAUUUGUAAUCCGUCGCGUCGAUUUGAAAUUUUGUCGGUGGAUUUUGGAAUCCCGUCUGUGGACUUGGAAUGAGGCUGUCGAUGUUGAAUCUCGUGUCGAUUUGGAAACGAUCAGAUUUCGAAUCGGUGUGUCGAAUUGGAAUCGAAAGCUAGAUUCGGAUGCGAUCUGUCAGUCGGAAAUGGUUUCGUCCGCUGCUUGGAACGGAUGGAUUGUGAUGCUCGCGAUGCGUGGGGGAGGAAUGGACCGCUUGAGGGUUCCAGCGAUGGACAUGCCGAGGAGAGGCGGGGAGGGGGUGGCAGGGCGAUGGGUGAGACUGGAGAAGUUUGGACGGUGUGCCCGGACAAACCGCGAGCCGGUACACGUGGGUCCGUGUGGCUGGAAAGUGCGGACGGGAACGCCGACCGAACGAGAAGGU